AUGGCGUCGCUUCAGCAGUGGAAGGUAGACAAGCCCUACCUCAACAUCCACUGCGGCCUGGGCGAGGGGCCGUACUACGACAAGAAGAACAACGUCCUGCGCUUCGUCGACAUCAAGAAGAAGCAGGUCCACUUCGUCGACCUCGCCCGGGGCCCCGGGUCCCUGCGCACGCUGCAGCUCGACGUCCCCGUCGGCGUCACGGCCGACAUUGCGGGCGUCGACCCCGCCGUCGGCAUCCUGGUCGGCCUCAAGUACGGCAUCGCCGAGCUCGACGUCCGGUCCGGCCGGUACGAGUACCUCGCCGAGCUUCACCCCGGCCGCCGCAGGGAGCGCCUCAGGGCCAACGACGGCGCCGUCGACCCCCACGGCCGCUUCUGGCUCGGCACCAUGACGGAUUUCGGGCUGGGCGAUUUUCAGGUUGAAGGCGCCCUGCACCGCUUCGACGGCAAGUCGGGCCACGAGGAGGUCCUCAGCGACCUCCUGAUCCCCAACUCGGUGGGGUGGUCUCCCGACAACAAGACCAUGUACUUCACGCACUCGACGGACCGCAAGGUGUACGCGUGGGACUACGACAUCGACGCCGACGCCGCCGCGGGAGGCGCGCCCUCCAACAAGCGCGUCUUCUACACGCACGACGGCCCCGGCGAGCCCGACGGGUUCCGCGUCGACGUCGAGGGCAACCUCUGGCACGCCGUCUACGGCGAGGGCCGCGUGCUCAAGAUCUCGCCCGAGGGAAAGCUCGUCGGCGAGGUCCUCCUGCCCACCAAGGCCAUCACGUGCGUGCAGUUCGUCGGCACGGAGCUGUUCGUCACGACGGCGUCGCUGGACGAGGGCGAGGGCACCGAGGAGCAGCGCGAGUACGGGGGCGCGCUGUUCCGCGUCGACGUCGGGGUCGAGGGGCUCGGGUUCUUUGAGUUUAAGCUCUGA